AUGGCAGUCAAAUGGAUUGGUGGACAUUCAUCCUCUAUAUUGUGCUUGGAUGUAAACACGGAAGGGCUGGUGGCUUCAGGUGCUGAGAGAGGCGAGCUUACACUCUGGGAUGGAGGAGGCACUCCGACGGGACAGCUCCAGCUCCCAAAGGCAGACGACGUGACAUCCAUGGUGUUCUCUCCCCGCUGUCCCACCAGGCUGUACACCUCCCAUGGAGAAACUAUCACUUUGCUGGAUAUCCGGUCCCUCAAGGAGCCCAUUGAACGCUUCCAUGUGAAUGAGGAGGAGAUCAACUGCCUCUCAGUGAAUGAGACUGAGAAUUUCUUGGCUGCAGCAGAUGACUCAGGGGCAAUAAAGGUUAUGGACUUGGAAAACAAGAAAGUCAGCCGGUCCUUGAGACACUCAAAUAUCUGCUCCUCUGUUGUCUUUCGACCUCAGAGGCCUCAAAGCCUUAUUUCCUGUGGACUGGACAUGCAGGUUAUGUUGUGGAACCUGCAGAAAGCUCGCCCCCUGUGGACCACAAACCUGCAGGAGUGUGAAACGGAGGAAGACAGUUCCCAGUCAGCUGGCCAGUUCUUCAACCCGCCACUUGCACAUUGCCUGUCUGUCGCAUCGUGUGGCAACAUAUUUGGCUGUGGAGCUCAAGAUGGCAAAGUCAGAAUAUUCAGAGUGACUGGUGUCAAGUUUGAACGUGAGUUGGAGUUUCAGGGUCACAGCUUGGGAGUAUCACAGGUCCUCUUUAUGCCAGAAGCAUACUGGUUGUUGACUGGAGGAAAUGAUGGGAAAGUCUUGCUCUGGGAUGUCAGCAGCAGUGUUGGAAAGCAGCAGAAAAGUCCAGCAAAAUCUCUGCAGAGAAGGAAGUCGCAAGCACCUGCUUCCACCAGAAAAGAUGGAAAGCUCAACAAAGUGGCCUCAAAUGAGCAUGCUAGAGUUUUACCAAAGCUAACCAUUGAGCAUGGAGAGAAGGUGAACUGGAUCUUGUGCACAGAGAUCAAAAGCUCCAAGAUGGUAUUAGUUGCUGAUCAGAGUAAUUCUAUAUCUGUGUAUCCGUUGCCCAAGCCGUAG